AUUGAACAAGCAAGAAGAGAGGCAUCACCUUCUAUCUUGAGGUAUGCGCACCAUCAGUUGACCCAUCUACCACUUCUCCUUCUGUGUGUGUGCCGAUGAAAAUUCUUUCAGGAACUAGAGCUCAUUGCUCACCUUGGUUUCUUGUGCUUUUGCAUUUGAAGGGCUUCAGCUGGUAUCUGUGCACAACAUCCACUGAUGGCUUACAAGAUGAAAGGGGUCUUCAAGGGCCUCAGGAUUAUUACUCAAAUCUUUGUGGUGAAGGAGCAAGAGAUGGAGAUUGGUCAUCCCAUAGACGUGAAGCAUGUCGCGCAUAUCGGUUGGGAUAGCCCGACAGGGAGUGCUGCUACUUCUCCUACUCCUAGCUGGAUGAACAACAUGAAUGGUACACCGGACGUUUCAACGUUGAGCAAUUCCGGACCAUCUACAGGUACCUCCUGGAGUUCUCAAGAUUUUGACCACCCUCGAGAUAUAUCAGCCUAUGGUAUACCUCCAGAAAAUAGUAGUCCGGGAUCAACACCGUACCCUGACAUACCAAAGCCACCCCGAAAGGCUAGAAGGAAGAAAUCUACCAAGAACAGUUCGCCAACGGCAUCAUCAAGAUCAUCAAGGUCAUCAAGAUCAAGAUCUAAGGGUUCACUUUCAUCCACUACUCCUGACACCAUUGGUGCCAAUGAUAUUCAACGUGAAAUCCGGAUUGUGUAGGCUAUCUUGUUUUGUACCCCCUUUCUCAGGAUUAUACAAGUAUUUGAAAAACAACUUUGCAUAGGAAAUAGGAAUACAAGCGUUAUUUAUUAUUUAUUGUUUCAAGUUUAGCUGAAAGGAAAACAAUGGCAAAGUUAGGAAGGAUGUCAAGAAGGGUACUAAUAUUAUGAUGCAUGAUAAAUCCGGUUCUCGUCAGU